CGGCCCCGGGGCGGGGGCUCGGCGCGGGCCCGCGAGAUGCCGGUGUUGGCGGCCCGAGCGGCUGCAGCUGCAGCGGCGGGGGAGGCGGAGGCAGAGGCGGCGGCGGGGCCCGGGAGGGGGGUGGCGUGGGGGACCGGCGCGUAGCCGGGACCAUGGAGGGGCAGAGCGGCCGCUGCAAGAUCGUGGUGGUGGGAGACGCAGAGUGCGGCAAGACGGCGCUGCUGCAGGUGUUCGCCAAGGACGCCUAUCCCGGGAGUUAUGUCCCCACCGUGUUUGAGAACUACACCGCGAGCUUUGAGAUCGACAAGCGCCGCAUUGAGCUCAACAUGUGGGACACUUCAGGUUCCUCUUACUAUGAUAAUGUCCGGCCUCUGGCCUAUCCUGAUUCUGAUGCUGUGCUCAUCUGCUUCGACAUUAGCCGACCAGAAACACUGGACAGUGUUCUCAAGAAGUGGCAAGGAGAGACUCAAGAGUUCUGCCCCAAUGCCAAGGUUGUGCUGGUUGGCUGUAAACUGGACAUGCGGACUGACCUGGCCACGUUGAGGGAGCUGUCCAAGCAGAGGCUUAUCCCUGUUACACAUGAGCAGGGCACUGUGCUGGCCAAGCAGGUGGGGGCUGUGUCCUACGUUGAGUGCUCCUCCCGGUCCUCUGAGCGCAGCGUCAGGGAUGUCUUCCAUGUGGCUACAGUGGCCUCCCUUGGCCGUGGCCAUAGGCAGCUGCGCCGAACUGACUCACGCCGGGGAAUGCAGCGAUCCGCUCAGCUGUCAGGACGGCCAGACCGGGGGAAUGAGGGCGAGAUACACAAGGAUCGAGCCAAGAGCUGCAACCUCAUGUGAGGGGCUAGGAGAGGGCAGAGUGUGAAGAGGGAUGGUGAGGGACACAAUUGUUCCCCUGCCUGCGCCCGGGCUUCCUGACCUCCUGAUCCUGGCUGGGAAGUCAGGGCAGGCAGAGCAAGCAAUUCUUCUGGGCAGGGGAGCUGGAGGGCAGAAGGGUAUUAUCAUUUCUCAUCUCCUCCUCCCUCCUCUUCUCCAGUGGAUGUUGAGGGAGCUAACAGGGCUGGCAUCUGAGGCAUGAACUGGGAUGGGGCAGGUGGGGGUUAGGGAAGCUGGUAUCAAAUAGUGACCUUGGUGGAGUCUCCUAUGUGAAGAGUACCCUCCCUCUCCACCCCCAGUCCCCAUAUCCUGGUUCUGGCCCAAGGAAAAUGUCCAUUCUAUGACCUUCUCUUUUCCUCUCCUCUCACUUCUGCAGCUAUUCUCACACAUCUAACCUCUAGGCAACAUGCACUAAAUUCAAAAGCAAGGAGAAGCCCCUGCCCCCCAUCAAUCCACCAGCCCUAGAACCUCCCUUGCCUCAACAGUCACCCAAUAAAGCCCACGUCCAUGGAAAA